UUUCAGGAAAUGGACGAUAAUCAGGUGGCUGAGAAACCGAAAAACACAAAUCUUGUUUGCAAUGAAAAUAUAACUCAUCGGAAAUCACCAGAACUUUUCCCAGAGAAUGUACCCGGCGCUUGGGAUAUGAAUAGAACAUUGACCGUAGCUGCUGGCGAUUUUAGGUCAAGCCGUUUUCGAACUGAACUAGAUACACAAGAUGUACGCCUUGUUAAUGAGCUUGGACAGUUUAGUGCUGAUCAGUUAAUGGAAUACAUAAGAAAUUUGCAGAAUUCCGCCUAUACAUUAGGGAUCGAAGAAGCGAAGCAAUUUUCAAAGGGUAAGUUUUUGCGAAUAUUCGAGAAGCGAUCAGAGGGGUUGUCGAGAUGACAGAUGACAAAAUAAAUGAUGAAUGCUCAUUUUUUGCUGUCAUAUGAUCAUAAGAUACACAUAUUUAUUGCUAGGUAUCAAAUGUAGAAAUAAAUACAUGAUGAAUUGUUCAGUGUUAGUGAUCAUCAUAUCGUCGUAUGUGAUAACAAAGUCUAUUAAAAAAGAUCAUGGAUGAUCACACUUGACUACUUGUAUGUGUAAACGAAAUAU